AUGGCUUGGGGCAAGAAGGCGCAGCCGAAACCCUCGGCUUUGAGUCAAAUUCUACCCCUCAUCAUCACCAUCGCAUUCGUCGUCGGUGUCGCCUGGGUCCUCUGGCAAGUGUACAUCUCCGUCGUUAAGAUCCAAGAGUCGGCCUCCGAGAGAAUGGGGAAGAAGAACGUGGUCUUCACCAAAGACGGCAUGCGCGUCGGCGUCAAGCACACCUCCAACGAAAGAUAUGUCGACCAAACGCAGAACUGGGUCGUAAAGGCAUGGAAUCUCAGCGGGAACACCGUCGGACAGAUCAAAAAGACGAAGACUACUUGA